UGCCUUAGAUUAUUUCAAAUGGUUAUUUGUUCCUGUCUUGGGCUCGCUCUCCUUUUCUGCUGUUCGUUGAAAAUGUGAUAUAUUUGUUAACCAGUAUAACCUCGUCCAUACACAUUUCCUUGCAAAUUUGUAAAGAAGCACAUUGCCGGAUUACCAACAUUUACUAUGGGAUAUUCAAAGUAUUACAGCUGACAAGAGCUUUUGGGUCAAGAAUGUCGUUCCUUGUCGUUUUGUUUUUUCUGACGUGUGUAUGCAGGGCAUGUGGAAAUCAGCAAGUAUAUUCGGAUAACAUCACGCGCAUUUUGGACAGACUACUAGACGGCUAUGACAACCGGCUGCGACCAGGAUUUGGAGGUCCUGUGACUGAGAUCAAAACAGACAUUUUUGUCACCAGCUUUGGCCCAGUUUCAGAUGUUGAAAUGGAGUACACCAUGGACAUUUUCUUUCGGCAAAUGUGGGUGGACAAGAGGCUGGUAUUUGAAGGGCCAAUUGAGAUCCUCCGGCUGAACAACCUCAUGGUAAACAAGAUUUGGACCCCAGACACUUUCUUCCGGAAUGCAAGAAAGUCUUUUGCUCACAACAUGACCACUCCAAACAAGAUGUUCCGCAUCAUGCAGAAUGGCACAGUUCUCUACACCAUGAAACUUACUAUCAGUGCAGAGUGUCCCAUGAGACUGAUGGAUUUUCCCAUGGAUGGACAUGCCUGUCCUCUGAAAUUUGGCAGCUAUGGCUACCCUGUCAGUGAACUUCUUUAUACUUGGAAGAAGGGAGCAACUUUUUCUGUAGAAGUACCGAAAGAAUCAUCAAGCUUACUUCAGUAUGAUCUUGUGAGCCAGAGAGCAUCCAGCGAAAGACUCCGGUUUAAAACUGGUGAAUACUCUGUCCAGGUUAUCCAUUUCCUUCUGGAAAGGAAACUAGGCUACUACCUCAUUCAAACAUACAUCCCACUGAUCAUGACUGUUGUGUUGUCACAAGUUGUAUUCUGGAUCAACAAAGAGUCUGUCCCUGCACGUACUGUGGCAGGCAUAACAACUGUUCUUACCAUGACCACUCUCAGCAUCAGCGCUCGAUCCUCUCUGCCCAAGGUGUCGUAUGCCACAGCUAUGGACUGGUUCAUCGCUGUGUGUUUUGCCUUUGUUGUCUUCGCACUUAUUGAGUUCGCCGCCGUCAAUUACUUCGCCACCCUGCACGCUAACCGGGAAAAGCGCAAGAGAGCUGCACUGGAGGCAGCGGCUGCAGGGAGCGAUGAGGAGCUCACUUCGCUCCAGUCUGACUACGGCAGUGGACUGAAGAAAAGAUGCUCUGUAUCUCGCAGCGAGCAGCCUGAGCACCCUCGAGUCCCCAUCUUCCUCCAGCAGGGCUCUGCCAUCCCUCCCGACCAUAUUCUGACAGGCACCAGCAUAAUCGACCAGUAUGCUCGCAUUCUCUUCCCUCUUUCCUUUGCUGCCUUCAACCUGUUCUACUGGAUCGUCUAUCUUACCAAGGACACCAUGGAACCAUCCAGGGAGGACAGUGAAUGAGCUUCGUUUCUACAAGAGUUAAACACAUUUUUCUCCACCUCUCCAUUUUUAAAUGAGCUAUUUGGAAAUGCCACCACGUGCUAUCACUCCACAUGAACCUUCAUAAAUGUGAUUAAUUUUUUUUUUUUAAUUGGUGCUAUCAAAACAUGUCAGUUAUAAUAUUAAUUGUUCAAGAAAACCCACUAACUGGCUGAGCUCAUCAGGCACCAUUCAAUAAGAGGUAUACCCUUCACCAUAAUUUAUUGUUGUUAUACCUAAACAUACACUUGAAAAAAUUGAGAUGAGGUCUCUCAUGCUCAUCAUGCAGAACUUAUUGGUAUUUCAUUCCUUCAGAAAGAUGAGAUACACUAUUGUAUCCCACAGCAGAUUGCAUCAAUGAUCUACUGGUUUGCAGUCCUUAUACUACUAAAAUAAUAUAAGAUUCUUUUGAAAAUGUGUUUCUGGAUAUCAUUGCUUUGAAAUUGAAGUAUAGAUGGGUAUAGGGACAUUAUGCUAGCUUUGACAUUAAAUGUUAUUCUUGCUGAUUUCUGUACCUAGCAAGUAAAAUUGAAGUAAUGUGCUCUGAAAGCUGAAUACAAAUGCACUAAUAAUUUUUCCUAAAGGUUUCGCAAUAAUAUAGGAAGCUUUUUAUGUGCUUUAAGGGCUAAAAGUAACAUUGUGAUUGUACAUUGAAUUAUUUUAUUG